GUGGACUCCCACUAUUGUCCCAGUUGCCUGGAAAACAUGCCGUCAGCUGAGGCGAAGCUGAAGAAGAAUAGGUGUGCUAAUUGUUUUGACUGCCCAUGCUGCAUGCACACACUUUAUCCACUUCCUGAUGACCCAGCCAAGACUACAAUGAAGAAAGCAUAUUACCUGGCCUGUGGAUUUUGCCGCUGGACUUCCAGAGAUGUAGGCAUGGCAGAUAAGUCUGUUGCUAGUGGUGGUUGGCAGGAGCCAGAGAAUUCACAUACACAGAGGAUUAAUAAACUAGUUGAGUAUUACCAGCAGCUGGCUCAGAGAGAGAAGAUAGAGCGGGACCGUAAGAAGCUGGUGCGACGCCGAAACUACAUGCCAUUAGCCUUUUCGCAACACACAAUACAUGUAGUGGACAAAUACGGCCUUGGAACCAGACUCCAGCGUCAGAGGCCUGGGGCGCCCAUCAGUGCUCUUGCUGGACUCUCCCUGAAAGAAGGAGAGGACCAGAAGGAGAUAAAGAUUGAGCCUGCUGAUGCUGUAGAAGAAGUGGAACCGCUUCCUGAGGAUUAUUACACAAGACCCAUAAAUCUAACCGAGGUGACAACCCUGCACCAGCGUCUUCUACAGCCUGACUUCCAGCCAAUCUGCGCUUCCCAGCUCUACCCGCGCCAUAAGCACCUUCUGAUCAAACGCUCGCUGCGCUGUCGGAAAUGUGAACAUAAUCUGAGUAAACCAGAAUUCAAUCCAACGUCAAUCAAAUUCAAAAUCCAACUGGUUGCUGUCAACUACAUCCCUGAGGUGAGGAUUAUGUCCAUUCCCAACCUGCGCUACAUGAAGGAGAGCCAAGUUCUUCUGACUCUGACCAAUCCAGUGGAAAACCUCACCCACGUUACCUUGAUGGAGUGUGAGGAGGGAGACCCCGAUAACAUCAACAGCACUGCUAAGGUGGUGGUUCCUCCCAAGGAGCUAAUCCUAGCUGGCAAAGAUGCUGCAGCAGAAUAUGAUGAGUUGGCUGAACCUCAGGACUUUCAAGAUGACCCUGACAUUGUGGCCUUCAGAAAGGCCAACAAGGUGGGAGUUUUCAUCAAGGUCGCUCCACAGAAAGAAGAGGGCGAAGUGACCGUGAGCUUUAAGAUGAAGCACGAGUUUAAAAAUCUUGCCGCUCCAAUCCGCCCCAGUGAGGAGGGCGAUCAGAGUUCUGAGAUCAUCUGGCUCACCCAUCAUGUGGAGCUCAGCCUUGGCCCGUUGCUCCCAUAACGGCUUCCAACAGCUGGGUCCAAAAGGUGGCCAUGGGAUUGACUCUUUUGCCGUGACAGAAUGCAUCCUGUUGAAAUGGUUUGGGAAACCUCCUUUGUGAUGUAGACACGUGCCACACAUUCCAGCCAAGAAAGGAGGAGGAGGUUGCAUGGGCGCAGGGAAGGGAAAUAAGCUGUUGGAUGAUUUGAUCUGCUCUCUUUAAUGCCCACUGUGUGAGUCUGUGGCUUUCUCACACCACCACAUGCUUGUUUAACUUACCGCACAAAGUUCAGCACAGAGAAGGCCAUCACUAGACCUGUGUUAGCCCUUGCUGAGGUCACAUUAGCGUUGCCAACAAAAAUGCCCAAACCUUUACGCCGGCUUUCCUCUUCUCCAGAUCAGUCCCAUGAAGCCGAUAUUAAAUACUCCGCAGAACAAACUCUUUCUCUGGUACUUGUAACCUGCAAUUAGUGAGCAAACAUUCCAGAGCUCUUUUCUCUUCUGUUGCAGGAGCAUGAUACACUCGUCUCUUCUUUCCAGCUCCUAUUAGACUCUCGUUAGUUACAAUUUUUCUUUAGCCCCAGGCAUUCACAGGUGUAACUGUUUGGGGGUUUAUCCCCCUUGACUAAAAAUAAUGCUUUGCUCUGUAGACCCGGUUUGGGAGGCAAUGGAUCUUAAGAAUGUAUGUGCCUCUUGAGAUGAAAUGCAGCAUAUUAUAGCUCAUGUGGGCUUGGUUAACAA